AUGUUUGCAUAUGGGCAAACUAGCAGUGGGAAAACCUACACAAUGAGAGGAAUCACUGAGAAAGCUGUUAAUGAUAUUUAUAGGCACAUAGUGAAUAAGAAUUCUGGGCUGGAAAUCUAUAAUGAGAAUGUCAGGGACCUCUUGAAUUUAGAAUCUGGACGCAACCUCAAGGCUUUAGAUGCUCCAGAGAAAGGAACUAUGGUUCGGAAGCUGGUAGAAGAAACAACAAAUGAUGAUCAACAUUUAAGACAUUUGAUCAGUAUCUACGAGGCCCAAAGACAAGUGGGUGAAAUCGCACUAAAUGACACUAGCUCACGGUCACACCAGAUAAUAAGGCUGAUUAUUAUGGGAAGGAAGAGGAAGCCUGAUUCAUCGCCGGCGCAUGAUGUCUGAUGUGCUACAUAACAGGAC